AUGCGUGCAGUGCGAAACACGACACGACUCUCCCUCACUCGGGCUGCCCGACAUUGGUCGCACACAUCCUCGCGACAUUUCGGCACGAGCGCGCCGAGAUUUGCAGCCUCCUUGGCUGAGGCGGAGGGGGCGACGUCGGCCGCGCUCAACCCACGAUGGUUCUCGGACCUGACGGAUCGCAUCCAGAAAUGCCUCUCGCUGCGAUUGUGCGACCAAGAUGACCAACGACUGAGGGAGCAGCUCGAUUACCUCGACAAAAACUGGCUCGAUAUCUCUGCCGAGCGUGAAGGUUUCCUGUCCAUGGAGAGAUGGAGAGGGCUGGAUAGAGUGCCUGUACAGUGGGGCGAUAUGCAUGGUGAGUGGCCCCCCUCCCCCUUUCCGCAAUCCGGAACCAAGGACUCGGACGCAGGACUUAUAUGUGCUUCAAGGGUAAAUAGUGUCGCACGACGACAAGACACUCUGCCGGUUCGCGCGUCGCUGACCACAGCAGGUCAUGUCAAUAACGUCGUGUACAAUCGAUACGCUGAAGGCGGGCGCGUUACUUGGAUUCAAAGUUUUGGCGCGGAAUCGGAUGCGGCGCACAGGCAACGCUGGACCAAUCUUAUGAAGCCAAAGGGUGUGGGAUGCAUAUUGAAGAGCAUCAAGAUGGACUACAAGCUACCCAUCACCUACCCCGAUCGGAUAACUGUCCUUCACAAGAUGUCGCGGAAACUAGAGUAUGGCGCCGACAGCAUCUUCCUCGAGGGAGCUGUUCUAUCGGAAAGCAGCAAGCGGAUUGCAGCCAGAUGCUUUGAGGAGAUUGCCGUGUACGAUUAUCAAGCGGGCCGGAGAGCACCGUUGGAGGACUUUAUGGUCGAUGCCUUCCGGGCCGUGUAUGAGCGUCAGGAAAGGUGCAAGGCAAAGAGGGACAGCGAGGUGGCACAGCUGCAAGCCUUGGUUCAGCAGAUCGAGGACAGGGCCGCGUCAGUCGGCAAGUAG